CUUUCAUAUUUUCUCCCUCUCUUUCACCUUAACUUCUCAACUCUCUUCAGUUUGAAACUUAAAUUUUCAGUCCUGAGUUCUUGAUCUUUUUAUGCCAUAAGCCAGAAAAAAAUGUCGACUUUUUCGAAUUCCGGGAACUUAAUACUGACUCUUAAAGUGGGUUUGAUAUCAACUUUUGUGGUAUCAGCGGGUGUAGUUUUGAAAAACUCAGCUCCAUUGAUAUCAGAUUUUGUGUCAUCAGAUGUGCCGAGUUUUUUAAAAGUUAUGUUACAGUGGUUAAAGCCGCCGUAUCUUUAUCUAGUAAUCAACUGUAUCAUAAUCUCCAUUGUUGCCUCCUCUAAGUUCCAAAAGCAACACGACCACGAAAAUCACGAGAAUCCUUCAACUGUUUCGGCCCAUGUUUUGGUGAGUACUCAAGAGAAAGUAGUAUCGGGAGAUCAUUCAAGAACUGGGUAUGUUCUUGGCUAUGGUGAUUUCAAUCCAACAGUGGAAAAAGAGGAGGAGGAGAAGAAGAUGAGUGAUGAGAUGGUGGCGAUGAUGGAAGGUCGAGAUGAAAUGGAGGCUGUGAGGCCGCCGGAGGUGACUGAGUCUACAGAAUUAUUGGAUUUGUAUGAGAAAGAUAAAGAGAACGAAAGAGAGAAGCCGCUGGUUUCAGCAAGAUUUGGUCAUAAGAAAUCUGUAAAAACAACUCCUGAAGGUGGGAAGGCGAUAUUGAAAGUGUCGAAGCCGAAACGGCAGGAGACUCUAGAGAGCACAUGGAAGAAAAUAACGGACGGGCGAGCAAUGCCGUUAAACAGGCACCUGAAGAAGUCCGACACGUGGGACACGCACGUGCGCCGCCAGAGCUCCCCUCCGCCUCCACCUAAAAUGAAAAACGCUGAGACCUUCAGCGACAGCAGCAACGCCGGCGAGAACCCGGCCAGGCUGAGGAAAGAACCGUCGCUGGGAAGGGAGGAGUUGAACCGCCGAGUGGAGGCGUUCAUUAAGAAGUUCAACGAGGAAAUGAGGCUGCAGAGACAGGAAUCUUUGGAACAUUAUAAUCAGAUUAUUAGAAACAGAGCAAAUCAUCGCCCACGAUGAAUUGAUUGAUGAUCAUGAUCAGCUGCAAGCCGGACCCGGUUCGCUUAUCGAGCUAAUUUUGAACUUGGGAUGGUUCAGUUUCAACUCAAAUCCGAUGGUAUAGUAAGUUUAAAAUAUAACUCAAACCGUAAUUUUCAAGCUUGUAAUUUUGUACAACCUAAUCAAAUUGAGUUUUGAUCAAAUCAUGUCAGAUUGCCAUCCAAGACAUUUGUAAUACAUAUUAUUUUGUUGGUA